CAACCCUUCUUAACAUUAUAAGCAACAAAUGGCUCGAAGUCGACGUCGCAUUACACGUUUAGCAACUCAAAAGUCGCCAGAGCGCUCGCCAAGCUCGUCACGUUCGUCGUUGACACCGAUGGAGGACGAACCAGAGCCCACGCAGGCGGAAUCUGCAGAUUCCGCACCAACCAAGACAAAUGAAGACGUGUGCCCAUCAUGCAGAGAAGGUGUGCAAGGAGAAAAGAGCAGCUGGAUACGCUGUGAUGCUUGCAAGACUUGGUUCCACUGGGCAUGCGCAGGGGACGGCAGUGACCUUGAGUUGAUUAACAAAUGGUUCUGUGAGCCCUGCAUGAUAGAGAAGCCGUCGCGUGCGAUGACGCUCAAAGUGCCUGCACGCAAGUCCUCACGGAAGCGUACACAAUUGGACUACGCGAGCCUCAACGCAGGAGUCGAAUCCGACCCGAGUAGAUGGUUACGAGUCAUCCAGAGCAAGCCGAUUAAGGACGACAAUUUCAAGAGAAUGAAGGGUGCCGACGUGGGCCUGGAGUGGUUGGAGAACGACGAAACCGCGAUGCGUGAGCCAAUCGUAGUGGAGAAUCCGGAGGGACUGAGAAUGAAGAUGCCUCCACCGGAAUUCUCGGUUCAAGACGUCGCGGAUGAAGUUGGUCACGAAACCCCUGUGGAGGUCAUUGAUGUUGCCACACAGUCAAACUCACCUGGAUGGACGUUAGGGCGGUGGGCUGAGUACUAUAAUACAGAACCUGCAAAAAGAGACAAGAUCCGCAACGUGAUAUCGUUGGAGAUUUCAGGGACGAAACUUGCAGACCAGGUGUUACCCCCGAGACUUGUGAGAGAAUUGGACUGGGUCGAAAAGUUCUGGCCGAGCACACGUAAAGGGAAGGGACAUGCAUACCCCAAGGUGCAGCUGUAUUGUCUGAUGGGCGUUGCUUCCGCAUGGACAGAUUGGCACGUAGAUUUCGCUGGUUCGUCAGUGUAUUACCACAUACUUCGUGGAUGCAAGGUAUUCUACUUCAUACGACCCACACCAUCCAAUUUACAAGCGUACGAAAGGUGGUCCGGGACUGAGAUGCAAAGCAAUGUCUGGCUAGGUGACAUGGUGGACGAGGUCGUGAAGGUCACUCUUCACGCAGGCAAUACGAUGAUAAUACCAACCGGUUGGAUACAUGCUGUGCACACUCCUGUAGAUUCUCUAGUCUUCGGCGGAAAUUUCCUACACUCUUACAAUAUUGCAACACAGCUGAAAGUGAUUGACAUCGAGAAAGCAACGCAUGUGCCGAAGAAAUUCAGGUUUCCGUUGUUUGUCAAGCUCUGCUGGUAUGUAGGCGAUAAAUAUUUGCGAGACCUCAAAUCGAAAGAAGAGUUUCCUCCUCGUGUUCUGGAAUCCCUUGAAGCUCUUGCCCGGUUUCUUGUGUCAGAAUCGCAAGCCAUGGAACGCGGGAUGGAGGUAGCCAAACGGGAAGCCAAGGAAAACGUCCCAGGUGAUCGUGUAAAGGACGCACCGGCGAUGGCUCGUGAGCUGAGGUGGCGCGUGCGGCUUGCAGCAGGAGCGACGAGCGACGAUGAAGACCUCGGGCGCCCUGUCAAGAAGAAUAUGGUGAAUGGUCACAAACGGAAGCGGUCGCCUGCUGGUACAACUGUGGGCGUACAGUUCAGGAACUUCCAACCCAAAGGAUGGGAUGUAGUCAAUGAACUACCCAGGGAGUCAGACGAACGGGUCGUGAAUGUUCACCCCCCAAAUACAGUAGACAUGUGGGAACGAGAAUGGACGGAGUGGAACAAAGAGUUUGAAGGUCAGGAGCAGGAGGAACAGGCGAUCGUGGAGAAAACGAGAGAUGUGAUCAUCAAAGUCAGGAAGACCGAAGAUGGGGUGGAAAGGCAGCGGAUAGAGCGGGUGAUGGAGAGGUGGGUUUGGAAAGGCGUUCCUUCGAAGGCAGAAGGGGAUCCCCAAGAUGUUGAGAUGAAGCCUAUGGAAGACGAAUUUGCGGGAAGCGAGGAAGUGACAAAGGAAGAAGAACAGGGGGCUGAAGUUCUUGUCACUGCUGUGCCGUUGGAGACAACUCAGGCGAUGGAGGUGAACACAUAGCUCGAAGCUCAUUGUCUUUCUUGCAUGAUCAACAUUGCUCUGCCCUGAUCUAUUAGGAGUGUUGUGUAUAUACUGUAUAUACAUAAUGCUGCCUAUAUAUUGUGAGGACGAUAACUGAAC